UAAUGAAUAAGGUCUAUGUCUGGUUGUUUAUUUGUACAGAUGUACGCUGAAAAAUCUGAAAAGAGCCUAAUACUUUGAUAGACUUUUUACUUUCGAUGAAAAGAUGCAGGGUGCUAGACAAAAGCAGAAAGCUCAUCUCACCAUAAGGGAAGGAUUUUAUUUCAUGGAAGUCUGUGAUCAAGUGCAUGCAAUAAACAUCGUUUUGAGAGAGAAAGACAUCCCCCUUCAUGUCCUAGUUGAACCUCGAAGAAUUUCCACUCAGAGUUAUAGCGGAGAAAUCACUAUAUAUCCCUUGACUUUAGAAGUUGAUCCUUCAUCAUGCAGUGCGAUGAGAUUCAAUUCUCAAGAAGGUAUCAGUAUGCGUUUACAAGUGACAUCUUUUGAAGAUGUCCCAACUUCUUACAUUCCUAUGGGAACGCUUGUUGAACGAUUGAGUGAUGCUUUUGACAGAUUAAAUGGGCAGAACUGCUUCUGUGGAUGCAAGAUUUGUGGAAUCAAUUUUCUAAAGAAUAAUGUGAAAUUCAACCGUGUUUUGUCACUUCCAUCUGAACAUUGGGAGGACAUGUCAUCAUCGUGGACAUGUUGCAGUCAUAGUCAUGGGAAGAAGGGAAUGUGUGCUGAUACAGAAAGAUUAAAAUUGGAUGAGUAUCCCUUCAUUCCAAGAAUUGGAGAAAUAUUCGAGAAUGAUUUCUAUGUUAUUUUUUAUCCUAAAGCUGUUGUACGCAAUAAUGUGCUGCUUUACCCACCUGCAAAACACAAUAAAAAUGAUGCAAAAAAAUUCAAGUAUGAAAAGUCAAUGUUGAAAUGUGGUAGGUGCUAUUCUGUUAUUGGUGAAGCUCUUGUCGUCAAUUCCAAAUCAGUACGAACUUAUAACUUCUAUAAAAGUGCAGUUGAAUUUAAAUCGUACUAUGAGGACUUUCUGCAGCCAAUUUUCAGCUCCGCUUUUUUACUUGAACGAGUUUUGGCAAAUGAACUUUCCAAUGAAGUGAAAUCUAAUACAACAUACAAGUUCAUAUUACAAGAUGAAAUGAAGAAACCUUAUCUCAUAAUUCAAGUUCUAAAUACUGAUGCAAGGGUACGUUUUCAUCUACCUGAAUAUGAUGAACCUUGUGAUCAUAAAGGAAAUCCAUGCUGUUGUGUGGAAUAUCCUCCAAGAUAUUUAGGCGCAGAGGACUGGGAGCUAGCUAUGCCACGACAAAUGAAGUCAGACAAAGAAGCUGCCAUAAAGGAUUCAACAAGACUAUUGCAAAGAGCCUUCGUAUCUCUUCGUGCAUUUCGAUACCCAUCAGUAUUGGAGGGAUUAUUAAAAAUGAAUGAUAAAUUAGUACCUCCAGACAUUUUGUCAUUGUAUAAAUUUUCAGCAAACAAGUUGCCUUUGAGACCUACAUGUGACUCAACAUUAGAAGAUUAUGGGGUGGAAAGAGUCGUGAAAGUUUUGUAUAUGUCCGCAACAACUAAAUCUGGUGCAAAGCUUGCAAAGGAUUGGCAAAAGGAUGUCAAUGUCAGGGUGAUGACAUUUCCCUAUUCAAUUUGUAUGGAUGCUUUGCUAGUCCUUAUCACGAGUACACUUUCUAUGCCAGUACGGCGGACAGCUCCUGAAGGCUUUUUGUUUGGAAUUAUGAGAGUUGAAUGAUGACCAAGGUUACAUUUUAAAUCAAUGUUGAAUCAACGACUUUCAAGCAUAUCAUGACUGCACAAUCAUGUUUGAGAUUAAGGCUUACCAGAUGCAUGCAAAGAACUUUUACUAACAGAUACUCUGAUUUGGAAAAUGUACUGGAAUAUUUUAUAAUGAUUUCGAUUCAUUCAGAAUGAAUAUUCAUUUUGUUUAAAAAUGUUUUCAAACUUUGAUCACAGAUUUCUUAUUAGGCGAUCUGACUGAAAAGACAUUUUUUAUGUUCUCAAGCAUUCGCUGCUCGAGUAUGGUGACUUUCAUUUCUAAACUCUACUACUCAAAUACCUAUGGCAUUGGAACAACCUAUGUUCUAUCAAUUGGAUUUCAAAGUCAGCUUCCAGUGAUACUAGCUACAAAAAUGCUCUUAAAAUUGCUCUUGCUAUUUAAAGGUAUUUCAAUUUUAUAUGUAACUUCUUAUUCAAAUUUCAACCACUUGUGUCAAUGAGGAGCAUGUAAGUACUGAUGAGACUUGGUAAUUUUGAAUCCUAGAGGCGGUCUUAAAAAUAGAAUGAUACGGUAUCGUAUAUCCACACAAAGUGACUGUUCCUGUUUUUCAGUGACCCCUCGAUGCGUUAAUCUCGAACUAUUGCAAGUAUAAUACUCUCAUCUCA